AUUUAUAUUAAUUAAGUAGUACAGCCAAAAUUCAAUUCUCCUAUAUAGCACAUUUCGGAAGGUCAAAAAAAACAUGGCAAAUAUGAAUAUAGACGAUUGUGACUUUGUAUUUGAUUUUGACGUAGAAUAUGGUAACAAUCUUUCAAACAAUAAAUAUAUAGAUUAUAUGGAAUCUGACGUUAAAGAGACUUAUAAUCAGAUUCGGCAGGAUUUUUUAAGCAUCGCUAAAAGUUUGAAUUCUAUUAUCCAAAAAGAAGGUUACAACUAUAAUCUAUCAAUAUUAACGCAUCUAGAUAAUUUGGUUUGCUUUUACAAGAGAGAACCUUACAGGAAUAUUCAUAAAUAUAAAAGAAAAUUAAUAAUAAGGGCUUUGGCUAUUGAUUAUAUUGAUAGUAAUUUCUUAAUUACUUUAAUUAAGUUAUUAGAAAAUAUGAAAGAAGAUAAAAGUAUGUCAAAAGAGGAGAAAAAUGGAAACAAUUCGAUGUAUUCAAGGAUUUUUAAUAUUUUGACAAGAUUUGCUCAUUUAAGCAAUGAAUUUUCAAAAACAUUGGUGGUCAUAAGCGACUUCAUUGAUUUUCUUUUAGAUCAACUUGAGAAAUAUUCCCUAAUCAUAACUGACAGCAAAAAGGCUAAAAAGAUUAAACUGCAAAAGGAAGUUUCUAGUACAAUGUCUUUAAUAUAUAAUAUUAUCCGAUACGAUGACUGCAAAAGUUAUUUUAUUGAUAAUACUCGUUUUGUGGAUAGCAUAAAGUCUUUGCUGUGUAUGAAUGUGACUUCCAUACAAUUAAUGUCAAUAUUUAGUCUUGCGUACGUGGCACGGGAGGAUAAAGCCGAAUUAUUUCAUAGUAAUGCAUCUAUUAUUUUAUAUGCCGUUGAAAGUUUGGAAAAAGCGAUUAGUUCUAGGAAAACAAAAUGUGACGAUGAAUGGACUGCCUACGAAUUAGCAAAGGGAAUAGGAAGGUUAGCUGUAAACGACUCUAACAAGCAACUUUUAGUUGAAAAUGGUGCUGUAAUUCCCCUUUAUAAAUUAACCUUGUCCGAGGAUGACGAAGAAGCCUAUGAGGCAUGUGAAGCUCUUUUAAAUCUCGCUUUUGAUGAGGAAAUAAAACGGGAUAUAAACCAAGUCAAAGGGUUAAAAGAAAAUAUUAAGAAAUUAUCAAAAACUGAUAGACCUUGCCAUAAACCUGCUCAAGGUCUCCUCUGGGUUCUAAAUCAAGAAUACAGAGAUGAGCGUAAUCAGAAUAACCAAGAUACAUUACGUGCCACUAGACCUAUGCUAAAAAGCAUUGAGAGAGGAGGAGAAUGCAACAACCGCAGUCACAUUAUGAUCAGCUAUGAAUGGAGUCAUCAAAAGAUUGUUUUACAAAUUAAAGACUUUCUGGUUAGGCAUGGAUUUAAAAUUUGGAUUGAUCUAAUAAAUAUGCAAGGAUCUACAUUAGACGCAGUAGCCUGUGGAAUUGAACAGAGUUCUUUAGUAUUAUUGUGUUAUUCUGAAAACUACAAAAUAUCACCCUUCUGUAGAAUGGAAGCUGAGUACGUUGUAACCAAAAAAAAGAAAUUUUUACCUGUAAGAAUGGAUAAGAGUUAUAAACCUGACGGUUGGUUGGGAAUAAUUAUUGGAUCCAGGUUAUAUUACGAUUUCUCAGAAAUCAACACUCCCGGCCAUCUUAAGAAGUUUUUAAAAGAUAUUAAUGACAUAUGUAAAAAAAAAACUUUAAAAGCUUAUAUGAAAUUCAUUUUAAGCAUAUUCUCUCUAAUCUUCAUCUCUCUAUAUUUUCGUCUCUUUUGUUUCUCUUUCUACCUCUCUUUCUUUCUCUUUCUUCUUUCCUCUUCUCUCUCCUUCUCUUUCUGUAUCAUUUAUAAUCUGAUUUUUAGUUGUUACUUCUUAUACAGUAAAUCAGGAUCAUGAACCAGUUAAAGAAGAAAUAGCGUCUGAUGUCUCCAAGAAGAAUACUCACGCGGAUAACAAGAUAAAAGAAAAUAAUACUAACAAUUUCAACAAUCAAAUUGUAGCCUUAUCCAAGGAAAAGCUCUCUUUCUUAAAAAAUUUACGAAGAGAGGCUCCGGAAUAUUUUUAUAAGAAGAUUGAAAAUGAAUUUAAUCUUUCAAAUUUGAAUAAUCUAAUUGAUUUUAUGGUUGCAUUUAAUAAACUAUAAAUAAUACGUGAUGUAUUGAUAUAUUCUAUUAAAAUACAAUCUAAAAAUAAACAACCAAAUCAUACAAUAACCAAUGUCAAUACUUAAUUAACCAUAUCAUAGGAUCAACGAAAAAAAUGAUAAAGUGAGAUGGCAGAUAGGUAUGAAGAUGGAAGGGUUUAUAUAUCAUAGAAGAGAUAUUAUAUGUUUAUAUAUAUAGUAUACUACUAUAUAUAUAGCAUUGUGACUCAU